AGUCGCUCUCAGACCUUGCUAUUGGUGACAUUUACCAAGAUGCAAAUAUUAUUUUUAAUUUGUUUUUGUUUGUAUAUAAGUUUUGUGAAUUCGUUGUUUUGUUUUUGGAACAGUGGAUGUCCGUACAGACACUUUUCAACGAAAACACCGUAUAAUUUAGUAAGGGGUGAUAUAAGAGAUUCACAAAUAAAAGUUAAAGGUUGUAAACCCGUUAGUAUAUGGUCACUUUAUAGAAACGGUAAAAGUUAUCCAGACAAAGAAACUGCCAAUCAUAUGGAAAAUGCUGUUUCAAUACGAAAUUAUAUAGCCGAGAGUUAUACGAAAGGAAAAUGUUCACUCUGUGCACAAGAUGUUGAUAAUCUAAUUAAUUGGAAAAUGGAUACCAAAUUGUUUAAGGGUAUUAACGCACUCACUGAUGAGGGAUAUCAAGAAAUGUAUUCUAUAGCGAAUAGAUUAAAAGCUACUUUCCCUGAUUUGUUUAGCCAUCUUAAAGAAAAUGAAUUCGUAUUUAGACCAACUGCUGCUGGAAGGAUAGAAGAAAGUGCACGAGCAUUUGUUAAUGGUAUUGAUGACAGAUUAUUUAUAGAAAAUGUCAAAAUAAAUGAUACCAUCACACCUUAUACUUCAUGCGGUAAAUAUGAAAGUGAAGUUAAAUCUAAUCCAAAAACAUAUGAAGAGGCAGCCAACUAUCAAAAAAGUUCAGAAUACCUUGCGAUGAAAGAUCGCGUAGAGAGACGCACUGGUCUCGACUUCAAAUUGACAGAUGAAAAUGUAACCGCUUUAUAUGACUUAUGCCGUUUCACUUGGUCUGGUAUAAACGGCAUAGCGAGUCCUUGGUGUGCUCUUUUCACCUCUGAAGACCUUCAAGUGUUAGAAUACGUCGAGGAUUUAAACCAAUAUUACAAAAACGGCCAUGGGUCUCCUACCAACGUGUUGUUCGGCAGAAUAAUUCUGACUGACCUUCUUAAAACUUUUCAGCGAUCGAAAGCUGGGGAGGGUAAAAAAAUCACAACUUAUUUCGGUCAAUCAACCGCAAUAGACAUGGCUUUGUCUUCCCUGGGGCUAUUCAAAGAUAAAGAAUAUCUUCGUAGUUCUAAAAGGAAUCGAGACAGGAAGUGGAAAAGUUAUAAGAUGUCGUCGUUUUCAGCUAACAUAAUGGCAGUUUUGAGCAGGUGUAACCUCAAUGGUAAGGAUGAUUACACUGUGGUGUUUUAUUUAAAUGAAGAACCUAUAAAGUCGAUAUGCUUAGAAGGAAUAUGUCCUUGGAAUGAGUUUGAAGAAAAAUUUAAACCUUUUCUUGAUACUGACACGAGUUUUUGUGAUUUUAAUGCUAUACGAUAA